AUGUUUUUCCCUAGCCUCAACAUAGAUGUCUUCAGCCAUGCUGAACUCUUCUGGCACCUCUUGGUGAAUCCAACUGGCCCCAUCGUGGAAACGGUCACGCUCCCGCCAGUCAUCGCUGCACCAGAUCAAGGGACGAAGUCAUUGUUCGCUCUCAUCAUCGGCAUCAACGAGUACGAUGGCGACUCUAUGUACGGGUGUAUUGAGGACGCUACCGACAUGCGCAACUAUCUACUUCAAUACUUGAAAGUUCCCGAUUCGCAUAUCCGCUUUUUAACUAACACGAAUGCCAUGCGCGCCGACAUCAUCAACGCGUUCUUGGAAAUUCAAACUGACAAGCGUAUCAAGAAGAGCGACCCCAUCUUGAUUUUCUUUGCAGGACACGGCAACGAAACUGACGCUCCGACUGGCUGGCCUUCCGGAGAUGUGUCCGACCAGAUACAGAUGAUCAUCCCACAGGACUACAGCACUGAUCCUGCAAGGCAGGUUCACGGAAUUCCCGACCACUCUCUCGCAGCGUUACUGAACGGAAUUGCGAAUGAACAUGGGGAUAAUAUAACCGUCAUCUUCGACUGUUGCCAUUCAGGAUCCGGGACACGAGGAGGUCGCAAAGUCUGAGGCCUUCCUAAAAUUCUCAACCAGGAUAUACCAUAGGACCUUGGUCGUGACAUCUGUAGAAGAGGAUUGGCCAAUCACGUUGGCAGCAUGCACACAGAAGGAAGGAGCGGCUGAUGGGGGCGUUCACCCAAGCUCUCCUUCCUACUCUCAAGUCGUCACGUCGGGCGCGGAUAAACUCACCUAUACCUCUCUUCUCGAGAGGAUGGACAAGAUACCAUCCCAAAACCCUCAGUGUGAAAGGUUGGACCAAAAUCGCAUCAUUUUCGACUCCAGAGCACCUCCAACAGGACGUGUAUGUUCUCCUAUCAAUAUGAACGGCAGUGUAUACGAGAUGGAAGCCGGAUCUGCACAUGGCGUUACAGAGGGCUCCGAAUUCAGUCUAUAGUACAACGACAGUCUCACCAUCGACGACUCACCCUCCCCCUGCGUCUUCGUUGUUGCUUCUGCGGCCGACAUUGGCCCAUUCACCACAACACUUCAGAUCAAACAUACAUCCACCGCCACCGUUACCAUUCUUUCCGCAACUUCUUGCGUUUUGCAGACGACAGCCGGGGACUCGGCGGAGGAUCUUUUGCUAUUCGCUCCCCUCGAUGAAAAACUUCUCGCCCUGUAUAAAACUCUGGCGAAAAUGGUGAA